GCGGUAGACGCUCUCACCCUUUCCCACCAAUGGAAACGAAGAAGAGCCUGUGUGCGCAUGUAUACGGAGCUCACAGGAUGAAGCAAUGCCAGCGGGCUCUCCCGAAGGUCUCCUUUGAAACGUCAAAUUCGUCCAGUUGAUCACUUUUUCUUCUUGCCCUUCGUGAUCUAACGGUACACAGCCGUGCGCUAGUGAUCUUGCCUACAAGGUUCUAACUUUGUCUCGUUUCUGAUUAAACCUUUGGAGCACCAACCACGCGAGCAUAUUUAGUGUGGGGCGGUCUCCCCCCAGCCAGGAACGCUCUGUUCUCUUUUCUCGCCCACAGUUCUUUCCCGCCUUCUUAUCCGCGAAUCUCACCAAGCAGCCAAUCCUGUCGCGAGGUAUGUCCGAUGCUACCACACCUAACUUUGCGAGGACAAUCCAAGGGCCAAUGCUCCUCGGAACAUUCUUCAAUCUGAUCCUAUACGGUAUCUUCCUCGCACAGACUUUUGUGUACUUCCAAACCUACAAACGUGAUCGUAUGUGGAUCAAGAUUGUGGUUGCCCUGCUCAUCGUGGUGGAAACGUCCAACUCUGUCCUUCCAAUAUCGUACAGCUAUGACCGUCUCGUCAACAAUUUCGGAAACAUGCCGGCGGCAGGCGUUUCCACUUGGCUGAACACUAUGAAUCCCAUGACCAUCGGUAUCAUCGCGACCAUGGUUCAACUGUUCUACGCUUGGAGAGUGAAAGUUCUUACGGGUAGAAGGUGGUGGAUGAUUGCGGUGAUCGUCCCAUCCAUCAUAUCUUGCACUGGAGCCACUGUAUUGUCCAUCGUCAACCUCGUAGAUCAGUCGUCGAUCACAGCAGUCGCCCGCUAUCGUCCCAUCGUGAUUGUUUGGUUGGCAUCUUCCGCACUAACUGAUACGAUCAUCAGUGUUAUUCUGGUUUCCUAUCUACGGCACCGGCGAACCGGAUUCUCGUCAACGGAUGACACCGUCAACAAAAUCAUCCGCCUCACCGUCCAGACAGGUCUACUCACCUCUUUAUUCGCUAUCUUGGAUCUAACACUGUAUCUUUCCCUCCAAACUGCGCAUCACGUUAUGAUCAACCUUCCACUCGCCAAGCUCUAUACCAAUUCCUUGAUGUCCAGCCUCAACUCCCGUCAGGGGUGGCAGUAUGACUCGAGCAAUGGCAGUAUCAUCGGCAGCUCUCAAUUGAAAUCUGCCUCGAAGAGGAAUACCGUUUUCAUCGAUAUAGAGGCCGAAUCUCAUGAGAUGAGCGGAAGGGCAGACGUCAAGCAUCACACGCAAAGCCUCGGUGAUCAGGCAGAACGUAGUGAUUCUCUCAAGAUGCCAAACGGGCUGUAA